ACACAAUUGGAACAACAACACUAAGAUCCUUCAUUCUAAUCACUUUUGCAUAUCUAGUUAAUAUCCAUUUCAAAAUGUCUCGAGGAAACAAAGUCGCCAUUGUUGCUCUAGCUAUGAUUCUGUGCAUCUUAUUCCAAACCAGCAUUUCAAAUGCAGACACAUUUCCUGCUGGUGGCGCUAACGGUUGGGGUUUCAACAUGAAUGGCUGGCCUAGUGGGAAGACUUUCAAGACUGGUGAUGUUAUUGAGUUUAAAUACACACCCGGCGUGCACAAUGUGGUGAAAGUGAGCAAGGCAGGAUAUGACUCUUGUGAUGGUAGUGGAGGACAAGUUUUUAAUUCAGGAGACGACAAAGUAACACUUGCACAAGGGCCAUCGUAUUUCAUUUGUACCAUAGGACCACAUUGCUCUAAUGGUGUCAAGGCUGCUGUCACGGCCAAUUAACAUUGCUCUAAUGGUGUCAAGGCUGCUGUCACGGCCAAUUAACAUUGCUCUAAUGGUGUCAAGGCUGCUGUCACGGCCAAUUAAUUUACACCAAAUCUAGUAGUCUUAUUUCAUUUUGAUUGUUGUACUUUGGAGAGUAUCAAUAAUAUAAAAUGUUUUAUUUCGUGGUCCA